CUUUGAUUGAGCUUUGAUUCUUCUCCCUUAUAUACCCCUAUUUAGAGAGGCCAGCCCCAUUUUGCUAAACCUACCAUUGUUUUGCUUCACAAUCUCUCGUUUUGGCUUUCCCUCCCAAACACUCUCACCCAUUUGUAUUCUUUCUUUGUUUCUGGGUUUUUCUUGAAUGCUGAUUCUUGGCUUGACCCAUUUUCCCAAUUUCCCAAAAUCUUGGUCAUUCUUUACCUUUGCUGCAUUCUUAUAAAAAAAUAAAAAACCCAUUUUCUUGAACAAGCUCUGUUCUUUGUGUUGGUUUUUUUAACCUCCCCCAGUAGUUUUCAUCUUUCCUAAUUCACCAGCUUUUGUGAGUUUUUGUCCCAAAUUCCCAGAGACGUCAAGAUGUUUGGGUUCAGAAAGCACAAAUUCACCACUAAAUGCAAAACUGAUAUAAAGACCUUGAAGGUGAGGCUUGAGGCCAUCAAGAAGAAAAGGAACUCUGUGCUCAAGUAUUUGAAGAAUGAUGUUGCUGAUCUUCUCAAGAAUGGCCUCGACAUUAAUGCAUAUGGGAGGGCUGAGGGAGUUCUUGUUGAGCACAAUAUGACUACCUGUUAUCAACUAACGGAGAGCUUUCUCGACUGUAUCUUAAGUAAUCUUUCUCAAAUGCAGAAUCAGAGCGAAUGUCCUGAGGAGUGCAAGGAGGCUGUUUCGUCUGUAAUAUAUGCCACAGCAAGAUUUUCUGAUUUGCCAGAACUGCGUGACCUCAGAAACAUUUUCAUUGAAAAAUAUGGAGAUUCCAUACAAGCUUUUGUAAAUAAAGAGCUUGUGGACAAGUUCAAGUCAAAUCCCCCUACAAAGGAGAUGAAGGUACAAUUAAUGCAUCACAUAGCGAAAGAACACUCAAUCGAAUGGGGCUCCAAGGCUCUGGAACAAAAGCUGUUUACUCCACCUUCAACAAACAAGGUGCAGCCUCGGUAUGGAUCUCAAUGUGAUGGUGAUGAUGAUAUGUACAGAUCACAGAAGAAGGAUAAUGCUAUUCCGAAGAGAAAAAAUAAGGCUGAUGGAGACAGACGGAGCUAUGUAACUGAUGAUGCAAGCAAGUAUGCCUCUAAUGAUAAAUACAUGCUGCAUAGCAGUAGUGAUGAUGAAGCAACAGAUAUCUCCCAUGAUGGACGAAUGACUGCCUCAAGUUCAGUAGGAAGUAGAUCCGAGGAUGAAGCUGAAAAUAAGGUGCCCUCUUCUUAUAAAUUCGCUCCGCCCCCUUACUACAAACCAAAGCCUCGAAAAAGAGAAAGUGGCUUUGAGGAACCCAGGAAGGUGAAUGGUCAUGUUGAAGACAAUGCAAAACCAAGGUCAGUUAGGAAAACCUCGAAACCACAAGCAGGUUUUGACAAUCAUGGAAGUGAUCCGAGGGAUGAAAAAGAGAGAGUAAUGGAUGGGCUUUUGAUGCGUUACAGUCAGAAACAGUCACCCUAUGACUCAAGCAACAUGAAGGGACAUCUGAAACCUCGCAACAACCAAUCAGAUGAAGAUACUAAUGAAUCCACAAGGCACAGAAGCAGCAGGUCUGAAAGAAAUGUGCCCGCUGGCAGAGCGGCAUCUCUGCCACCACCAGAGCCAUCAGCUUCACCUGAACCAACAAAAAGGAGUGCUCGAGCCAAUUCCUUUCAACCAGAGUCACAUGUGCACCCAAGACUACCGGAGUAUGAUGACUUGGCAGCCCGGAUUGCAGCUCUAAAAGGAAUAUGA